AUGGCGAAGCCGGCUCCCGCAAAGAAAGGCGCAGCUGCCGCUGCGCCUGCUGCCACGUCAGCAGCAGCGAGUGAAGCGGCAGCCAAUCAGCAGCUGGCCGCUGAUCUGAUGCAGAAAUGGGAGCGGCGAAACGAUCCUGUUGAGAUUGACGAUUCGGAACAGCCGAAAUACGUGCGCAAGGGACCAGCGACCGCGAAGGAGCUAGCCGCGAACAAGAAGCUGUACCAGAGGGUAGCCAACAGCCGCAUGACGCAGUUCCUGCUCAAGUCGGAGGAGCUAGCGCGGCGGCAGCAGGAGGAGGAGAUCCGCCGGCACUCCGCGCCGCUGCACGCGGAGGACAAGGGGCUCUGGAAGAGGAUGCCGCUCAUUCCCGCUCCCUUCGGCACGGGCAAGCUCGUACGCCUAGGCUUAGCGGGCGACAAGGAGAAGGCGGGCAACGUGUUUCUCGACUUCUUUAAGACCUUCCACUUCGGCCUGUGGGGCUACCAGCAGCGCCCUUACCCCGCUGAGAAGCCCUUUGACAUCCAGCAAGUCGUGGGGACCAAGUUCCUCGAGAAGAGAUACCUCGACUUCACCCUGCGUGGCAGCACGUGGUAUUACAAGGACCGGCUCGGUCGCACGCGCGGCCCCUGCGAGGUGAUCAACCUGCGCACGGCGUGGGCUGCAGGGAUCAUCGAUGGCAACACCUUCGUGUGGGGUGAUGACAUGGACGAGUUUGCUCCCAUUGAUGCCGUGUAUGGGCUGAAGCAGGCGAUCGAUACUCCUGAUGUGCGCCUGGCGACAGCAGGCACGGCCAUGCUGCACCGCAUCGGGAGGGGCAUGAACCCUCUCAAGGUGAAGAAGGGCUUUGAAGGCGCCAAGCGAUCGCUGGAGGAGCGCCAGGCAGAGGCUCUGGCGGACAAGGAGAGGGAGCGCGCUGCCUUGAAGAACCACGGGGGAGCGUGGCCGGGCAACCAGGCCCCCUCACACGCGCUCUUCCUGUGGGCCAGUGGGAGCGAGCUCACUAAGGUUCUUGACCAGAGGCCCCAGAAGUUUCCCAGCAAGUUCAUCUCCUACGAGCAGAGGAAGAAGCUGGCGCAGCGCAUCCCGGGGCUGCGUCCGUGGGAGGUGCUGGAGGUGGAGCAGCUCUUCAACUUCCUCACCUUCCGCGACGACUUCUGGCGCAGCAAGCUCGGCACCUUUGCCACGCCGCCAGAGAAUUCCGUGGCUUAUGACGAGGAGAUGAUGGAGGAGUGGGGAGAGAUUAAGGAUGCUUUGUCAGGGGCGUUUCCCGAGCUGGCCAGCACCAUGGGGCCGUUCGCUCGUUCGGCGACUGCGUGCCUGUCCGUUCUGCUGUGUUGCCUAGCAUUCUCCGUAGCAUUUGCCGACGAUGUGCAAGUAGAAACUGGAUUCAUUCUCUGCGAGGACUUCGGCGAGCACGCAGCUUCAGCCGCUGCUGCUCACAAUAUCUCCGUCUGCGCCUUCGUCCUGCAAGGCGAGCCCGUCGAUUUCGACCUCACCCCCUCUGCGACCACCAGUACCCCCACGAUCGUCGGCGAUGAGUUUUCGCUUCGGCGAAACUUGCUGGGCGGCGGCGCGACGCCUGUUGCGAUCCAGUUGGCGCAAUCGCUGCAGGGGGAUGUGGGAACGGUCCGAACCCAGGCGACAAAUGGGGCGGGCUGGGUGGUCCUCGGCUCCAUUCUCACACAGUCGCUACUGAUCAGCAAGAGCAUGGUCUGGGCGAUCAAGGAUCUGGUCGACAUGUACCGCACGCGCCCGCGAUCCACGCAGCAGCUUCAGGACGCGACUCGCAACGUGAAUCGCGCGUAUUCCAACCAGCAGACGCUGCUGAUGGUGCUCAACAGAAACCCUCAGACCCAGCAAUCCGAGCAGCUCUCGGCCAUACGCGAUGAGGUCGCGUCCAUGACCCCGAAGUUCAACCAGCUGCUCUCCCUGCUUGCCACGUGGCGCCAGCAGCAGAUCCACGCCAUCACUCGUCUGCGUUUCGAUGCGGAACCUUCUAGCCUCGCCGUCACCCAGGCCGUGCCGGCGGAGCCGGGAAGCGGAAACGGCGGCCAGAAGCUCGUGGUAACUCUUGAUCAUAAAGACAAGAACAACAAGAACAACAACAACAACAACAACAACAACAAUAACAAUAAUAACAACAACAACAAUAAGCAGGACAAGAAGAACAAGAAGAACAAGAAGGACAAGAAUUCUUCGGGUGGUUCGUCGAACUCCGGCGGCAAGGGCAAGAAAUCGGGCAAGAAGGCGAAGGUCGGAGCGACUCAGGCGAUCAACGUGGUUGUAGCGACGGAUGGCAGCGGAGAUUACAAGUCGAUUCAGGACGCUGUAGACGCGGCUGGACCAGGUUCGACGAUUCGCAUCAAGGCGGGAGUGUAUAAUGAGCAGAUCCAGGUCAGCACGGAUCGCAUCACGAUGAUUGGUGCUGGCAUGGAUCAGACGGUUAUCGUGAACGAUGCCAGCCAGAAGUCGGGUUACGAUAUCAUCACCUCGGCCACAGUCGGAGUCAACGCGGAUAAUUUCGUUGCAAUGAGCAUGACGAUUCGGAAUUCUGCUGGCAUGGACGGUCAGCAGGCCGUGGCGCUCCGUGUCGACAGCGACCAAGCCGCGUUUUACCAGCUGCGAAUCUCAGGAUUCCAAGACACCCUGUUCGCAAGCACGGGUCGCCAGUACUACACGAAUUGUUUCAUCGACGGGGCUGUGGAUUUCGUGUUCGGCGACGCGGCGGUUGUGAUUCGCAGUUCGCAAUUGAAAGUCGUCUCGACGCCGUACGACGCGACAAUCACCGCGUCGGGUCGCCUAAGCAAGACGUCCAACACCGGGAUUGUCGUCAUGGACUCUCGCGUGGUGUCGUUCGCGCCGCGCGUGUACCUCGGGCGACCGUGGAAGACCUACGCGACGUCGGUGUAUAUCAACACGUUUCUCCCGAAUAAAAUUGUUCCUGACGGCUGGAUGACGUGGGCCGGCGAGACGUACGGCGGAAAGCCAUUCCUCGCGGAGGUCAACAGCAAGGGACCCGGCGCGCAGCCGUCGCGCGUCAAGUGGGCCAAGCCGGGCGUUACGUCAGCCGGUGACGUCAGCCAGUACAACCCCAAUAGUUUCAUCCAGCUCCAGUCGUGGAUCGGCGCAACCAAGGUUCCAGUCUGA